AUGGACCUUGCUGAUAGAAAUCGCGAUAUUUCAAGAUACGUCACAAAUGGCGUCGAUCCAGACAGAAAACGAUUUUAUGAACUCGCAGCAAUUAGAUUUAAAUUUGAUGAACUUGAAGCUUUGAUAGGCACACAUUAUCGUCAUGACAAUGUAUUACAUCAUUAUAGGGUAAGAAGAAGCUUAAUGACAUUGAGAAGAGUGCUCAGAGAAUGCAUAGCUUUGGCUUAUUUAGAACGGAAUGACGUUUCUUUCGUACCAGAACAAAUCUCAACUCCAAAUCGUCAUCGAACCCCCCGACGAAGAUUAAAUGGCAACAAUGGCAUUUGCCAAGCUCCUAGACGAAGGCAACUGCCUAGACAAGCCGUUCCCCAGGCACCAGAGUCAGAAAUCGCCUUUUCAACGAUAAUCAACCAGGUCCUUCAAACAGAUGUUGACAGACCAAAAAUGCGAUUAAAAUUUGAUUUUAAAUCUAAAUUCGAAAUAAAAAUUUCACUCGUCAUUAAUUGCAAAAAAUUCGAAGCUUAA